GAAGUCGGUGUGCAAGGUCUUGAAGUCCCGACUUCAAGACCUUGCACACAGAGCUGAGCACCCUUGGUUUCGUGCCCAUAAGACAAACAGCAAACGGUCACGUACAAUAUUGGAACGACGAGUUCAAGGCGACCUUUUCUGACCACAAUCACAAGAGCAUCUCUGUGCACGACGCCUUGGCAAGCGCUCGGCGAGAGCUACGACGGAAGGGAGGACUCUGAGGGCCGCCAUGUCCCAGGGAUCGCACAGCAGCCAGUCGUCGCUGGACGAGCUGCGCGGCAAACUCUUUCCCGUGUGCGUGCGCAAGCACCGGGACGGGCGUGUUAGCGCUGUCUUCCCUCAGUUUUCUUUUGGUAUUGGUGCCGGCAUGACGGAGGCCGAGGCGCUUCAGGACGCUGAGGAGAUACUGGCGCUGGGCCUGGAGAGCCUGGUGGAGCAAGGGGAGGACAUCCCGGCUCCACUGGAGACAGGCCCCGCCAAGGUGCUGAUGCGUGAAUGGAACCUGCCCGGCGUGGAUGUUGAGGAGUCGUGGGCGAUGGUCCAGGUCAAGCCUGAGCACCUGCUGGCGGAAGUGCCCAGCUAGCGUGGUCCCUGGGUGCAUGGGGCAGGUUCCCCUUACGCCUUGGUGGUAGGGCGACGUCUGGAGGGGCGCUGUCAGGGGGCCGCUGAUCCCCGGGCAUCAAGUAUUGUAGAUGGCAGGCGUGCUAGAAAGCAUACCAACGCACGUACACAUGCAUCGGCCCCACAACUACCGCAAUGCUCGUCCGGAUGCUUGGAGCUGGAGGAUUGAGAGAGGCGCUGCCCGAUCAGCGCCACUGGUUUAGGUGAUUUGUGCUGCGCAUGGUCGCUUGGUAGUGCACGUCGGGAACAUGCCUGUGCCUGGACGCUUGCGUACUGGCUGGUGUGCUCUUGUGUCCGUGCGCAUGCCAGCUGUGCGGUGCUUGUUUUGGGUGAUGAGGGAACGGCGGGGGCGACAGUGGACUUACCAAGACGCUGGAAUUCGCAGACCCAUACCCUAUUGACCGCCAGCUCUACCCGCACUUCAAGAUGCGCGCGGGGACGUGGCAGCAGAGCGAGUCAGGGCGCGACCGAUCAGUACAGUGUGCGCUGGGGCCCGAACUUCCGCGCCGUGAGAAGGAAUCAAGUGUCCUUUAUUUUGGCCAUUACUUCAGUGACGAUAUCGCAAAUAUUCAUGUCACUAUGAACGGAUGAGGUUUCGGCUGAGUUUUGGCUGGGUUUGUGCUGAGUUUCCUCCAAGUUUGUGCUGAGUUUCCUUUAAGUUUCUGUGCCUCGA